UACCCCGAGUAGAUGGGAAGCCGGGUGGAAGAGCGAGCCCCUUCGCCCCGAAGAGGACAAACCGAGUGGCCUUAGCUUAAGCCGAAGGGAAGCAUAGGAAACGAAGAGAGUCAAGACGCGUUCCCCCCUCCCUUUCUUUUUUUGGAGAGGCUCGGGGCGCACGCGUGUGUGUGUGUGUGUCUGUGUGCCUCUGUGUGUGUAGCCUCGCUGUCGCCCCCACCCUCGGCUGGCUCUCUCUUGCGCUUCUCUCUCUCUCUCUCCCUCUUUUUUUUUUUUAAACCUCUGCGCUCAGCCAUGAGUUGCCUGUUGAUUUCCUCUUGACUAGCAAAGGCAGGGCGCGGGGAGGCGAGCGGGACUGAAAUUCAACCGCAGCGAGCGCAAAGCGCAAAAGCUCUCGCAGACACGCGCCGAGGCAGCCAACAGCAACAGCAGCGGCGGCAGGAACGAGAAGAGAGGAGAGGAGAGGAGAGGAGAAGAGCCGGGCGGGCGAGCGAGCGAUGUGGUGGCGACGGCGGCGCCAGCAUCAGCAUCAGCAGCAUCAGCAUCAGCAGCAUCAGGACCAGGAAAACCGGUCUUGGAGGAAGCGGCGGCUGGUGGAACCUCCCCAGCCGCUUCGGACGGGGCUCCCUUUCUGAAUCGCCAUCGUCCUCCCCUCCUUUUCCUCCCGCCGCCCUUCCGCCCAGCGAUCCGUUGCAAAGCCGGAGCGGGGUUCGGAUCUCCGGAAGACGCUUCCUCGCUCCAUCCAUCCAUCCAUCCAUCCAACCUUACCUCUAGAAAUGUGAUUCUCGCGUAUUUUUCUUUUUUCUUUCUUUCUCUCUCUCUCUCUCUCUUUACCUGGGAAAGAAAAGCGGGCUUUUUUGGAAGUACAAAUCCGGAGGGACUUGGACCUUAUACAUAUAUAUAUAGAUAGAUAGAUAUAUAUAUAAUAAUAAUAUUAUUUUUUUGCUUUUGGGGAAACCGGCCCUUUCCGGUUCUUUCUGCGGAGCCUCGGAACCGGCGGAGGAGGCGAAGCGCGCCGGCGAGCGAAGGGAACCGGCGAGAGGAGCAGGGCGAGAAGGAACUGGUGGGGGAAAAGCGGCGAUGCUGCGGCUGACCGCAGCAGCCAAACGGGCGCGAUUAGAUCUCCAAAGGCAGCAAACGGCCGCGGUGAAAAAACACACCACUCAACACCCGAGACGCUGCGGAGCCGGAAAAAACGGCGGUGUCCCUUUUCCCAUCCCUGAGAUCUAAAAGCGGCAAGAUUUGGCCCAGCGGUUCUACGACUUCCACCCUCUCCGGAUCCUUCCUUUCUGCGAUUCCCCUUGGCUCCCGUUUCCAAGUCGUUUUGGGGAUCCAGGAGCCGCUGUUUUUGGUUGUUGUUUUUUAAAAAGACCACCCCCCCCCCCCCCAAUUUCCAGGCAGAAAAACUCCCGUCUUCUGCUCCCCUCCCUCUUUUGGGUUUUUUUCUCUCUCUCUUUUUUCUUUUUCUUUUGAAGCUUCUCGUGAGGAUCUUUGGCAUCGUGCAAAGGGUUUGAAUUUUAUUAUUAUUUUUCCUGGAAGGAACAGCUACUGCAUUUGGGAAAACGCGGCUCAUCUUUCGCUCUUUUCGGUCGCCUCCAGAAAGGGAAGGGGUUUAAAGCGUUUUGCUCAUCCCUCCGCCUGGCUGAAGUUGGACGGAGCAAGGGGAAACUGCAGCACGGAGGAGGAGGAAGAGGAGGAGGAGGAGGAGGAGGAGGAGGAGACGAGAAACAGGGGGGAAAAAAAGACCCCUUUCCCUGGCCGCUGGUUGCAGUCUCGACCGCCCUUUGCCAGCUUCGUCCAUGGUGGUGCCGAGUCGAUCGUGCCGAGCAACAGGUUCGGGAACUUGAAGGGGGAGAGCGAGAGGAGGAGGAGGAGGAGGAGGAGGAGGACUCAGCGGAGGGGCGCGACGAUCGGCUGGAAAGGAGAGGCGCCAACGCGGCGGCGGCGGCGGCGGCGGCGUUGGCCGAGAGGCAGCCUCGUCCGCGCCGUCCGCUGGGAUGUCCCUCUCCGCUUGGUGCUUUUUCCUCUGCUGGGCUCCAGCCCUGGCUUUAAGGAACCUGAACUAUUCGGUGCCGGAGGAGCAAGGCGCCGGCACGGUGAUCGGUAACAUCGGCCGCGAUGCCCGGCUGCAGUCCGGGUCGAGCGGCGGAUCGCCCUCGCUGGAGCGCCCCCGCGGCUCGAAGGCCACUUUCCGCGUGCUGGAGAACUCGGCUCCCCACUUGCUCGACGUGGACGGGGAGAGCGGCUUGCUUUACACCAAGCAGCGCCUGGACCGGGAGGCUCUCUGCCGCCGGAGCUCCAAGUGCCAGCUUUCCCUCGAGGUCUUCGCCAACGACCAGGAGAUCUGCAUGAUCAAAGUGGAGAUCCAGGAUCUCAACGACAACGCGCCGGCUUUCCCUUCCGACCAAGUCGAUCUGGACAUCUCCGAGAACGCCGCGCCGGGGACCCGCUUCCCGCUGGCUAGCGCGCACGAUCCCGACGCGGGCGAGAACGGCUUGCGCACUUACCUGCUCACCCGCGACGAUUACGGCCUCUUCGCCCUGGACGUCAAAGCCCGAGGCGACGGCACCAAAUUCCCCGAGCUGGUGGUCCAGAAGCCUUUGGAUCGCGAGGAGCAGAGCCAUCACACCUUGGUGCUGACUGCCCUGGACGGCGGGGAGCCCCCUCGCUCAGGCACCGUCCAGCUCAACGUACGCUUGAUCGAUUCCAACGACAACAGUCCGGUCUUCGAGGCGGCUUCCUAUGUGGUGGAACUGCCCGAAAACGUCCCUCUGGGCACGGUUCUCCUGGACCUCAACGCCACCGAUGCUGAUGAAGGCACCAACGGCCAGGUGCUCUAUUCCUUCAGCGGUUAUACCCCAGACCGGGUGCGGGAGUUGUUCAGCAUCGAUCCCCAGACGGGAUUGAUCCGGGUCAAAGGCAACUUGGACUACGAGGAAGGCAACUUGGUGGAGAUCGAUGUCCAGGCCCGUGACUUGGGUCCCAACCCCAUCCCUGCCCAUUGCAAGGUCACAGUGCAUUUACUGGACCGUAAUGACAAUGCUCCCACCAUUGGCUUUGUCUCGGUGCGCCAGGGGGCACUGAGCGAAGCUGCCCCGCCAGGGACCGUCAUUGCCCUGGUCAGGGUCACAGACCGAGACUCCGGCAAGAACGGGCAGCUGCAGUGCCGGGUGCAAGGCAGCGAUGGCAGUGGGGGAGAUGGGGCAGUGCCCUUUACUUUAGAGGAGAACUAUGACAACCUGUACACGGUGGUCACCGACAGGCCCCUGGACAGAGAAGUGCAGGACGAGUACAAUGUCACCAUCUUGGCUCGGGAUGGGGGCAACCCACCUCUCAACUCAACCAAGUCUUUCUCGGUUAGGAUCUUAGACGAGAACGAUAACCCACCACGUUUUAGCAAGAGCCUUUAUGUGUUGCAAGUGCCUGAGAACAAUAUCCCGGGAGAGUAUCUGGGAUCUGUGUUGGCCAAGGACCCCGAUCUGGGCCAAAAUGGCACCGUCUCCUACUCCAUUCUGCCGGGACACGUGGGGGACGUCUCUAUUUACACCUAUGUCUCUGUCAACCCAACCAACGGGGCCAUCUAUGCUUUGCGCAGCUUCAAUUACGAGCAGACCAAACAUUUUGAGUUCCACGUGUUGGCCAAAGACUCGGGCUCUCCCCACCGGGAGAGCAAUGCCACCGUCCGGGUCACUGUUUUGGAUGUCAACGACAACGCCCCUCUGAUUGUCUUGCCGGCCCUGAUCAAUGACACUGCUGAACUCCAGGUCCCCCGCAAUGCCGGAGUGGGCUACCCCGUAGGCACCGUCCGGGCCAUGGAUAAUGAUUUCGGGGAAAGCGGACGCCUGACCUAUGAGAUUGUGGAAGGCAAUGAGGAGCACCUCUUCGAGAUGGACCCUAUGAGUGGAGAGAUCCGCACCCUUCACCCUUACUGGGAAGAGUUGAGUCCUGUGGCUGAACUUGUGGUGAAGGUCAGUGACCAUGGAAAGCCCAGCCUUUCUGCAGUAGCCAAGCUGAUUGUCCGGGCCUUGGCUGGACCUCUGCCUGAAUCAGGAGAGCCCCAGGUCAAUGGGGAGCAGCACCGCCGGCCUCACUGGGACCUCUCGCUGCCCUUGAUUGUGACCCUGAGCACGGUUUCCAUCAUCCUCCUGGCUGCCAUGAUCACCAUUGCCGUGAAGUGUAAACGCGAGAACAAGGACAUCCGUACAUACAACUGUCGUAUAGCUGAGUACAGCCACCCUCAGUUGGGUGGAGGGGGCGGGGGUGGGGGCGGGGGAGGGGGCAGCGGAGGGGGCAAGGGCAAGAAGAAGAAGAUUAGCAAGAACGACAUUAUGCUGGUGCCCAGCGAAGGGGAGGACAGCCGAGGGCCCCUCAACGUCAUGAACGUGGUCAGCAGCCCAUCCUUGGCCACCUCGCCCAUCUAUUUUGACUACCAGACUCGCCUGCCCCUUAGCUCGCCCAGGUCGGAGGUGAUGUUCCUGAAACCGGCUUCCAACAACCUGAGCGUGCCCCAAGGCCACGUGGGAUGCCACACCAGCUUCACAGGACAAGGGACUAACGUCAGCGAGGUUCCCCCAAGCCGGAUGUCCAUAAUUCAGACAGACAAUUUUCCUGCAGAGUCCAAUUACAUGGGUAGCAGGCAACAGUUUGUUCAAAGUAGCUCCACGUUCAAGGAUCCCGAACGAGCCAGUUUGAGAGACAGUGGGCACGGGGAUAGUGACCAAGCAGACAGUGACCAAGAUACCAACAAAGGCUCGUGUUGUGACAUGUCGGUGAGGGAGGCACUCAAGAUGAAAACAACUUCAACCAAAAGCCAGCCGCUUGAACAAGAACAGCAAGGGAGAGGCCAAAGACCCAUUGUUGGGAUCUGUGGACCGGCCCGCUGUAAGGAAGGAAAAUUUUCAGAACAAGAGGAGUGCAUUAACUGCACCGAUGAAUGCCGAGUGCUUGGUCAUUCUGACAGGUGUUGGAUGCCCCAGUUCCCUGCCUCCAACCAAACAGACAAUGCCGACUACCGAACAAAUCUCUUUGUGCCCACGGUGGAAGCCAAUGUCGAGACUGAGACUUACGAAACUGUGAACCCCACGGGGAAGAAGACUUUUUGUACAUUUGGGAAGGACAAGCGAGAGCACACCAUUCUCAUUGCCAAUGUGAAACCUUAUCUCAAAGCCAAACGUGCCCUGAGCCCUCUUCUCCAGGAGGUCCCCUCAGCAUCCAGCAGCCCAACCAAGACCUGCAUUGAGCCUUGCGCUUCAACGAAAGGACCUCUGGAUGGCUGCGAAGUCAAGACAGGGGCCCUGGCUGAGCCCAACAGCCAGUACCUGUCACCUAGUAAACAAUCCAGAGACGCUGCCUUCAUGGCGUCCGAUCAGAUGGCCAGGGUCUUCGCCGAGGUGCAUUCCCGAGUCAGCCGAGACUCCGCUGAUAUGGACUCUGUCUUGGAGCAAAUAGACCGUUCAAACAGGGAACUAGGGAGAGAGUCCGUAGAUGCAGAGGAAGUUGUGCGGGAGAUCGACAAGCUUUUACAGGACUGUCGGGCAAACGACCCCGUGGCUGUGAGAAAGUGAAGCAAAACAGAAACAAACAAACAAAACAAAACAAAACAAAACAAAAAAAGACAGUCUGGCAUUGAUUUGCUUCUUCUGCUGAAUUAUAUAUUAAAAAAAAAAAAAAGAAAAAAAUUCUCCCCUGGUUCUAAAAUUUAUACAGGGAUGAACAAAGACCAAUGCUGCUUUAAGGCUUUUAGUGAACAUCUGAAGUGCCCUCCAGUAUGUUUGUUUCACUGCUCUUUCUUUUUUCUUUUCUUUUUUUUUUCUCAGAUAACACUGGUUUCGUUUUUACCAAACUUCCAUUAGAGACAAUAUGGUGUAUGUUUUUUUUAAAAAAAUAAAAAAUAAAGAAAAAGAAAAAUAGGAAGGAAGGAAGGAAGGAAGGAAGGAAGAGAAAGGAAGGGAGAGAAAGGAAGGGAGAGAGAGAAAGAAAGAAAGAAAGAAAGAAAGAAAGAAAGAAAGAAAGAAAGAAAGAAAGAAAGAAAGAAAGAUUGAUUGGGGCCACUUAGACAAUCGAAGAGAAAGGAGUAAGAUAAAUGGAAACAGAUCUUUUAGGACUGAUAGUUAAUGUUGACUUCACUGUUUACCUGUAGACCCCAUAAAAACCAGGGUGAAAUAGUUGUGUGAUACGUUUACAACAGUCAUUAGAGGUUUCUAUGGAAAAUCCCCAAUCAGAAAUCCGAUAAACAUACAGUUCUUGUAGUCAGGCAACCAAGCACACAAAGCAUUAACAUUCAUUUGUGAUAGGCAUUUCUGUAUAAAGGCAUCUGCCACAUCCUUAAAAAAAAGAAAGAAAGAAAGAAAGAAAUGAAAAGGAAAAAAAAAAUAUGGAAACCCCCUUCAAAUCCAUUCCAUAACUUCAUUCAGCAAAAAUUAUCCCGGUCAUUAGUAACACAGCUCCUGUCAUAUUAAAGUUAAAUGUAAACGGAUCGAAUCCAUGUUUGUCCUGCACAUGCAUAAGUGAAUUAACGUGAUUGGAAAAGAAAGGGAAAGAAGUUCGUGUCUAGCAAGAGUUGAGGUAACUACGUUUUAUAUCCGAGACACAAUACAAAAUGUCUGCUUUAAUUGCCGUUAAAUACGGGAAGUAAUAGCGGAGGCGACUUAACAUUAUUAACACCUUUUGUAAUUCAUUUAUGGACACGACCAUCGCAGGCAUUCCAAACCUUCACCCAAUCCAUUUAAAUGUGCAAAUGUAAGAAGAUUCAAUGUGUUUACAUCAAAUGACAUAUUUUUUUCCUUGAUUUAUUGCAGAUUCAGUGCAUUUGAGCCAAAUUGUUGAGUGUAUAAGAGCUAUAUUGUGUAUUUUAUUAAAUUAAUAUAUAGUUGUGUUGCAAAAAAAAAAAAUAUUUGGGCUUAUAAUGUAAAUGGCAAGUGUUGCCUCCGUAGCUGUCAAACUCUAUGAGUUUUGUACUCUCCUCCUUUUUUUUUUUUCCCCACCCCUUUUUCCAUACAGAGUGUGGGAAGCAGAGCCUCAGAGCAAAUUCUCUUGUUAAAUGUAUGGUCUCCCAAGUUUUACCAGUACAUAAUCUGUUCAAAAAUGUGUCUUGAGUGAGUUGAUGGAGCUAACUGAACGAAUCCAUCCAUCCGUCAUGGUUGUGUGCAAGUCCUUGUAGAAGCUUCUGUCGCAACCCAUGUUUAAUAACAAAAAAAAAAAACAAAAAAAAUUACACUUGAACUGACACCUGGAAAGUCCUUGUUCUUUUAUCCAGCGUAUUCAUUUGUUCACGUCGGCGCACGUCAGCCAGAUUUGGAUAACACCCUCAUGGAUGAACUCUCAGAUUAUCUGAAUAUUUUGAGAAUAUUACUUCUCUUAAUGGUCGUUAUUAUCACUUAGGCAUAAUAGGCAGAGUGUCUGGGGCCCGCUGGAAAUAUAUUAGGCUCAAACAAAAAUCUGAAAAAGUAACAGAAAAAACAAACCAACAAACCAAAAAGCCUAUACCCUGAGAUUAAAUAUAUUUAAGGUACCAUUACUACUUUUAUUAUGUUAUUUUCUGUGACUUUCUGAGGCCUAUAGAUCUAGGGAAUAUUUUUAUAACCCUAAGAAGACUAUUAAUCCAAAAAUAAAUGUUCUUAGGGCCCACAAUGGUCUUAAUGCAUUUCUGGUUCUUUUAGCAUUGUGGGCUAUAAAAUGUAUGAGUGUCUCAUAGUAAAAGCUUUUGACCUGGUUUCAUGGACAACACGGUGGUGUUCCUCCUUUCGCCCUCCAUGAUGACAGGUUUUUUUUUUUUUUUAGUCAUUGUACUUUUGCUCACUUUCUCUUGCACACACUUUCCUAUAUGUUGUUCUCCGUUGGAUUCUUAUAAAAGCAUAUAAGUAA